CUAGAAUUUCGAGCAGAAUUCUUAACGAAGAUCGAGGUCGUGUUGUCUGUGGUGUGUAAGCCUUGUAAGCUAUAAGUUUGAAUUAAAGUUGAAACGCCAUUUGCUUGUUGGAGGAAAGGCAGAGAGCACGUAUGAGGGAGAAUGCAGACAACUUACUUUUUGUGUAUAACAUUAAUUGUUUGUUGCAUUACGUUCGUGCUGUCUGAUGUGAACUCAAUCCGCAAUGCCGAACCCUCCUUGUGCUACGAUAACGUUGACAGUCCUUACAUCCUAUUUUCUACAAAAACAGGUUACCGUGUGAAUCAAAACAAAGAUGACGAAGAAGUAAAAGUUAAAGGUUGUGUUGCCAAGCAAUUAUGGCUAAUGUCUCGACAUGGUACACGGAAUACCGGUACAAAAGACAUGAUAAAAAUGAAAGAAAAACUUCCACUCAUUUUCAAAGACAUCAAGUUGAAUCAUAAAGAAGGAAGAGGAAGCCUUUGUGAAGAUGAUAUCAAUAAUCUUGAAGACUGGGAGUUUAUUGCCAAUGUUACUGAAGAUAAAUUUCUGGUCAGGGAAGGUUUCCUUGAACUGAAAGGUCUUGGACGUCGUUUCCAGAAAAGAUUUCCAACUCUUUUGUCGAAACCAUAUGUCAAUGAAUCAUACGAGUUUCAGUUUACUGACUCUGAAAGGACUGAUGUCAGUGCCCAAGCAUUUGCAAAAGGAAUGUUUGGAAAAAAAGAUUCUUCCAAUGUGUACAUGAAGAAAUCACCCAAACCUGAUAACCUUCUAAGGUUUUACAGAACAUGUGACAAAUGGUUAAAGGAAGUUGAUGAGAAUCCUGAUGCAACCAUUGAAAAGAAAUUGUUUGAAAAAACUCCUGAAUUCUUGUCCAUGAUAAAAUCCGUCUCCGAUCGCUUGGGCUUUACGUCUUUACGUACUCUAGGUGACAUUGACUUGAUGUACUCGAUGUGCUCGUUCGACAAAGCUUGGCGACCAAAAGAUCUCUCAGCUUGGUGUGCUGUGUUUAACGAAAACGACCUCCAGAUAUUGGAAUAUCGUGAGGAUCUCGAGUAUUUCUAUGAAGAUGGUUAUGGUUAUUCCAUUAACUAUGAGCAAGCUUGUACGCCUUUAAAACAUAUCAUCGAGAAUUUCGGACAAACAGUACAAGAGUCUGAGGUUUCUAGACCAAAAGGGUUCUUUUAUUUUACCCAUUCUGGAACUAUAUUGAAAGUUCUUGCCCGGAUGGGACUUUUCGAAGACGCAGUUCGCCCUACUCAUCUCAACCGGCUUGACAUCCAUAAGAGAGCAUGGCGAACUUCACUAAUAGAUUCAUUUGCAUCUAACAUUGCGUUUGCACUCUUUAAAUGCUCCGACGACUACCGCGUCACUGCCUACUUCCAAGAACGACCUGUUCGACUGCCAGGGUGUUCUCAUGAGCUGUGUCACUUCCGGGAAUUCGUAAACCAGUAUGGAUCAUUAGCAGAGAAGUGUAAUGUUGAAGACAUUUGUCGCAUAUGAUUACUUUUUUCCUGCCUAUCUAAUGCAUCUCGCCUAUGUAAUCAGACUCCCUGACUAUAUGCUACGUGAGUCAUAACCCUAUAUGUGCAAAAUGCAUGCAAUCCCAACCUUGAGGGCACAGCGUUUAACCAUAAAAUAUGAAGAUACUUUUCUGCGUGAACUAUUUUCGUAAUACUGAUUUUAAACAUCUAGGUAAAAUCCGCUCCCCCCUCCCCAAAUUUGCCUAAUUUCCUAAGAGAAACAAAAAAAUUUCCAAAAUAUACACUGCUUCUUUUCAAUACUUGUGAGUGCAUCAAAUUGAAUAAAAAAAUUGUACGGAA